AUGGCUCUCAAGAGAAUUAACAAGGAACUCACUGACCUCGGCCGUGAUCCCCCCUCUUCUUGCUCUGCUGGUCCUUCCGGAGAUGACCUGUUCCACUGGCAAGCAACUAUCAUGGGUCCUGGUGACUCCCCCUACUCAGGAGGUGUUUUCUUCCUGAACAUCCACUUCCCCACCGACUACCCAUUCAAGCCCCCGAAGGUCAACUUCACCACUCGGAUCUACCACCCCAACAUCAACGCCAACGGCAGCAUCUGCCUUGACAUCCUCAGAGACCAGUGGAGUCCUGCCCUCACAAUCUCGAAGGUGCUACUUUCGAUCUGCUCCAUGCUCACAGACCCCAACCCCGACGACCCGUUGGUGCCGGAAAUCGCUCACGUGUACAAGACGGACCGUCCCCGGUACGAAGCGACCGCGCGGGAAUGGACUCGCAAAUAUGCCAUCUGA